AUGGCCGGUGCACAGACCACAGUGAGAACAGGCCCAGUUCGUCACAGGGUGGCUCGUGUGUGCCGGCUGUGGUACGGGGCAGCCUCCAAUCCCGUGCUGUGGCAGAAGGUGUCAAUCGGCUUCUGCUGGGUGGAGCCUGGCACAAAGCAGCCUCCCCAGACCGAGAAGAGAAUCCUCGGCACGAUGGAGUGGCUGGCCCUGAACAGGUUUUCACUUCUCCGGGACUUUGCUCUUUGUCACUGGAAGAGCCACGUGCCCGUUGUCCUGCAGGCCCUUGCGGAGUCCUGCCCCCUUCUCGUUUCCCUCAAGCUGACCCACUGCAGUGGAGUGACCACCAAGUCCCUGAGUGCUCUGGCCGAAUGCUGCCCCCGACUGGAAAGCUUAAACCUGCAGAAUUCCCAGGUUGACUCCUCAGCUGUGGUGAACUUUCUGGAGGCCGCUGGCUCUCGGAUCCGGCAGCUCUGGCUGACGUACAGCAGCCAAAUGAAUGCCAUCAUCGCCACGCUCUCGAGCGGUUGCUGCCUUGGGCUGCAGCUCCUGGAGGUGAACACGGAGAUCGGGCAGAGCAGCCAGCACCUCCAGCUCUCAGUAGAGCCCCUGCAGGCAGCCUGCCGGCAGCUGCAGGUGCUGCGUCUGCUCAAUGUGGUCUGGUCCCCGAAGCCAAGCCCUCGGUUCGUCCCCACCUCCUUGGGCUUCCCUCAGCUAGAGGAGCUGUGCCUGGCCUCCACCUCUUAUUCCUUUAUCAGUGACGGCGUCCUGCAGAACAUCCUGCAGGCCUCCACCAGGCUGCGGGUCCUGGAUCUGCGUGGCUGCUUCCGCGUGACACCCAAGGGGCUGCAGGAGCUGCCGUGCCCUGAUCUAGAGCAGCUGUACUUGGGCCUAUACUGCAGCAAUAACCACCUGCUCCUGCCCUCAGAGGGCAGCCAUCUGCUCACCUGGAAGUGGCACCACAGCCUGCAGGAGCUCGAUCUGGCAGGGCAGAGGUUCAGCGAGCACGACCUGGAGUGCGCCAUGGCCGCCUUCGGGCAGGGCAGCAGCCGGGCAGCCCUGCGAUCCCUCAACCUGACCGGGACCAAGGUCACCGUGAGCACUGUCAGUGCCCUGAUCAUCAGCUGUCCUGCCCUGAGCUACCUCAACCUGUCGUCCUGCCGCUACCUGCCCCGGGGCAUGAAGAGGGUGUAUCGGGGCCAGGAUGACAUCCACCAGUGCUUGAGCAAGCUGCUGGCCAGCGCCGACGAGCCGGCGGCUGGAGAGGAUACGUCGUAAUGACACCAGCGCCUCCGCAGGCCUGCGCCCGGAGCAACCCUACGCACAGGCUGAGUGCCAGGGGCUGGUGUUUCGCUGGGAUGUUCCUGGCAGCGUGGGUGGCACCUGGGACCUGGGCACCCACCUGGUGCUGUAGCCGCAGGCAGCCUGUUCCCCCGGGAGGAGCAGCCGUGCCUGGUUCCCCGCUCCCCAUUUUGAUAGCGCCCCCUUUCUGUAUGACAUUCCUCUUGGAUUUGUCAGUGUUUUACUGUCCGGCGCAGCGCCCGGUGCUCCCGAAUAAAGGGCUGUUCCUGCA